CUGAGCAUCUAAAGAUAAAUUUAAGGAAGCCUCAAGUAUAAGGUCUGACUAUGAAUACGGGCAUUUGUCUUUCCACUAUGAUGCGAAGAUCGGUGCGAAGAUCGUUAUGAAAGCCAGAUAAGACCGUAAUCUGACUUGAUGGACGAAUUGGAAAUAUAUGGAGAAAAACAUCAAACCAAACGAUUAAUUAUGGAUUUAACUGAGGAAGAUGUUGAUAUAAUUAGCAUAAGUAGUCAAGAAGAAAUACAAAAUCGAACAAAAAAAUUGGACAACGAUGAAUGUGCGAGUCCGGAACGACGAAAAAUUAACGUGGUCGAAAUAGGAUCUCCAAUUCUCACCACAAAUCGUGGAUUUAACAGGAUUCUUUACCCAACCUUGGAAAUUAAAGAAGAACUGCAGGAGAUUACCCUUAAAGAAAAAAAACACUCUAAGAACAGCGAAAGUGAUGAAGUUGAAGAAGACUUACAUUUUCUAGAACAAUCUAAAGAUACUCAGGAGAUGGAACAACUAAUACAGUCGCUACUUGUAAAAGAAAAAGAAAAUUGGAUUAAUAUUCAAAAAUCAAAACCGAAACAGACCAAAAAUUUAAAAGCGGUUUGUCCAAAUUCGGUAGAGUUAUUGAGUGAAAAUAACAAUAACGAUCUUGAAAUUAUUAAUAAAACUCUUGAGCCCAUAAAUAAGUUAGUUAAUGGAGAUAAUAGCGGAAACGAAGUUACGCGUCAAUUUAAUCCAGAUACAACUAAGUUGUAUAGAACUACCAUAAAUCCUACCAUAGAAAGCGAGGUAGGCGAAAUUAGACAUAAGGUAGCAAAAACAAAUACGUGUACUACAAAACAAAUAGAUAAUAAGAAUAAAGUGAAUAAUUGUAAAGCUGUGAUAGUUCAACCACGAAAUUACGGCAAGGUAGCUAGAAGACCCAUAAGAAUGACAACAUUAAAAUACCCCGAUUUAACAAAUUUUCCUUUACGGGCAAACAAAAAAAUUAAUGUUCGUAAACUGAAGCGUAAGCAAAAAAUAGCGUUAAGUAAGGCUAAACAAUUAGCGAAAAAGGUGUGGAAACUCAAUGUUACAAAAUCACUAGCCGCAACUCGAAAGAUAGCUAGACGACAACAACCCAAAUCCAUUCCACUUACAGAAGAAAAGGAUGAAGUUAAGGUGAACAAUGUACGAAGGACGAUGGAGACUUCGUCAGAAACAAGUUUGAGCGACAUCGAGCAACAGCUGGAAAAAGACGAGAAGACACUACUGCAAAAACUUAAGAACGAAUUAAGUAAUAAACAGGAAAUUUUAUUGCGGAGACAACACAUAAAACAUAUGCGCGAAAUCGUACAACAACUCGAAAAAGAAAACGUUGGAUAUAAAGCAGCCGAUAUACAGACAGGACAACGACAAUUAGAGAUUACCAGGGCGAUUAACAUGUUCUAUCAGUUAAAAAAUGAAAGUACUAUGUAUGAAGACAAUUUCGUUAUCAAGGAUCAAGCAGGAUAUGACACAAUCCAAUGCCAUGUAAAAUUUACGAUCAAAGAUUUAAGACCAGAAGGUUAUUGUGGACCACGAGUAUUUCAUACAAUGUACGACUUAGUGGAGGAUCGUUUAACAAGACAUAUUGUUAUGCGUAAGAAUGACGGCACCCAGCAAGUGGAACAAUUACCAGUAAUUGAAAUUAAACCGUCCACAUCCGGAAUGGCAGAUGGGAAUAAAAAAGGAUUGUCCGGAAAGAAAAGGAAAAUAUUAUCUUCCGAAUCCAACUUUAUGGAGAAAGUGCAAAUAUCGAACGAAAAGAAGAAAAAGAAGAACAAAAUUGAUAUAUCGAGCAAAGCACUGAAACACGCAACAGCAAGUCGAACGCAAAGAAACGAUGGCAAAUUCAAACCAACAGAAGAACAGAUCACAACAUCCACAAAUAAACAAACAAAAAAUAAUCAGGAAAUCAUUUCCGCUAAAGAUCUUAAUCUUCUUCCCCACAACAAAAAUCUACAACAAAAGUUGAGCUUUGAAAAAAAAAUUUUCACCCUCGAAGUGAUGAAGUUGCCGGCUUUGAAUCCGACGUCGACCGCAUUGUUAAAAUCAAAAGAACCAGAGACUGGAAAUCAACUACCGGAGAGCCAGCCAGAAGAAUCUGCAGUGGAUGAGCUACAGAAUCCACAAAUUAUGAAUAAUAAUCAAGCGAUGGCGACAUUUUCUGAAGAAGACGUGGAGAAGCAGCCGAAUGUCGAACAAGUUAUGGAAAAUAACGAACGAAGACAGCAAGGAUGAUAAUCUAAACAGGCAAGGCUCGUUCAGGAAGCUUGUGCCAGGAAGCAAUCAUGGAGAUUCUCCAUUGAGCAUGUCUGC